AUGAAAAGAAGUGAAGAAUUUACAACUAAAACACAUAAUCCACAAGAAAGAAGUAUUCUUCGUUGUUGGAAAUGUAGAAACUGUAUAGCAACUUCUGGUUGCUUCAUGAAUUAUCUUGAGAACCAGGUGAUUAAGGAGAGACAGUCACUGGAUGCCCAGCAUAGCUGUCACCUGUGGCACAUGAAUGCAGAGGCCCUUCCAGAAUGGAUAACCUGCCUGGUACAAAGAGCCCAGUGGACAGUUGGAAAACUGAAUUGCCCUUUUUGUGGGGCUCACUUAGGGGGCUUUAAUUUUGUCAGCGCUCCAAAAUGUUCCUGUGGCCAGCUUGCAGCUGUCCAUCUCUCUAAGAGCCGGACUGAUUAUCAACCAGCACAGGCAGACGGACUAAUGAGACCAUCGCUGAAAUCCAUGUCACAUCCCAGAGUUCAGUCAGGUUGUGACAAGAAAACUCUGCCGACAGGUGGUAGCUCCAAAACCAGAAACCAUAAGCUUUUAAAUAUGGCCCAAAAUAAUAAUGGUCUUGGAAGAUUAACAGAAGCACUCUGCCUAGAGGUACGGGCCACAUACUUUGAGAUGAAGAAUGAAAAACUGCUCUUCAAAACGUCAGAUCCCAAAUACCAGCUUUUUGUUCCCCAGCUGGUGACUGGCAGAUGCACAAGAGCGUUUCAUAGGAAAUCACAUAGUUUAGAUUUGAACAUCAGUGAGAAACGGACUUUAUUACCCACUUUGUACCAAAUACAUAGUAAGAUUACAGCUUACCCCAGGCUAAAUGAAACACAGCCCAUCGACCUUUCAGGACUGCCUUUACAGUCUAGUAAAAAUAGCUGUUCUUUUCAGAAUCCAUCCCGUUUUGAUCCUAAUAUGCUGCUUCAAAGGUUUUCAGUGGCUUCCCGUGAGACCCAGACACAAAGAGGAGAAUUUCAGUGUGGACUAGAAGCUUCUUCAGUGUACUCUGACCACACUACUAAUACCAGCAACCUGACUUUUGUGAUGGAUCUGCCCUCCACUGGGAGGAGCAUGCUGGAGGCCUCAGAGCAAGAAGAACAGCUGUCUCCUCUGGACUUCCUGCAUUCCGCCAGUUUUUCACUAGGCACCAUUAACCAAAGGCUGAAUAAAAGAGAAAGAAGCAAGUUGAGGAGUCUGAGAAGGAAGCAACGGAGGCAUGAAAGAUGGCUACAGAAGCAGACCUUGAAUAAUGAGAUGAGUACAGAUGAUGACAAUGAAUAUGCAGAAGAAAAGGAUGGCUACAUCUGUGCCGUGUGCCUGGAUGUUUACUUCAAUCCUUACAUGUGUUACCCUUGCCACCACAUCUUCUGUGAGCCCUGCCUACGGACUCUGGCCAAAGACAAUCCUGCAAAUACUCCCUGCCCACUGUGUCGGACAAUUAUUUCUAGAGUCUUUUUCCAGACAGAACUGAACAAUGCCACGAAAACAUUCUUUACUAAGGAGUAUUUGAAAAUAAAACAAAGCUUUCAGAAAUCCAGCUCUGCAAAAUGGCCCCUACCAAGCUGCAAAAAAAGAUUCCAUCUUUUUGGGGGUUUCCAUAGACGUGCAGCUCCAGUUACACGAAGGCAGUUCCCACAUGGUGCACACAGGAUGGACUAUCUGCAUUUCGAGGACGAUAGCCGUGGAUGGUGGUUUGACAUGGAUAUGGUGAUCAUCUAUAUUUACUCAGUGAAUUGGGUCAUUGGAUUCAUUGUUUUCUGCUUUCUUUGCUAUUUUUUCUUUCCGUUUUAG